AUGGAGUAUCCGCCUCAAUACCAACAGCCCCAUGGCCAACACCCUCACGCACCCUCCCACAUCACCGCCUCCUACCAAACCGCGCCGCAGAACGCAGGCUCGGCUGUAGGAUCAAUGGCAUCCCCCACGAACCCCCAGGGUCACAUGCAACAGGCUCAUCCGACACAUCAAGGCUCCUCAAUUGUCCCCUCGCAGUCGCACUACCAGCAACCACAAAAUGCCCCGGGCUCGGUACACCAGCAAAUGAACUUCCCUCAGUCAUACGGCGUCACGACGGGGAUGCCCCAGCCGUAUGGCAUCUCCCCUACACAAGCUGCUGCGAUGGCCACUGCGGCCGCUUCCGGACAAUUCUACCCUCUUCACCAAGACUCUAUGGCCGGCCAGAUGGCGCAAGGUCCUCGUGGUUCGCCCCGUUUGAGUGGAGUCCAAGUGAAGAAUGAUCGCAACCCUCGGUCGCCACCACAGAUGCCAGGGCAAAUGCCCCCGAUGGGCACUCAGAUCGCCAUGUCCCAAAAUGCUCAGAUGCAGCAGCGUCGCAUGAGCCAUGUCGGAAGUCCCCAUGUUCAGACCGCUCAACCCGUGAUGAACCAUGUGGCUCGAUCUUCGGUCCCUCCGCCGAUGGCACCCCCGCCCCAACCUUCGGUCCAACAAAACCAGCCGUCGCCGGAACUUGUCGCCGGUGCUGCCGAGGAAUCCCCCCUCUAUGUCAAUGCGAAGCAGUUCCAUCGCAUUUUGAAACGUCGAGUCGCACGUCAGAAGCUAGAGGAACAGUUACGGCUCACAUCCAAGGGUCGUAAACCCUAUUUACACGAGUCGCGCCAUAAUCACGCAAUGCGGCGUCCGCGUGGCCCCGGUGGAAGAUUCUUGACAGCGGACGAAGUCGCUGCUAUGGAAAAGAAACAGGCUGCGACGGCGGCCAGCUCUGGCCAGGAGAACGCGGAUGCCAAGCCUGCCGGAGAGACUCCUUCACCGGCACAGAAACGAAAGUCCAGUGAUCUCAACGACGAAAACGCGAAUUCAAACAAGAAAGCCAAAACGAGUCGGCCUAGUCAGGACAGUGACCGCGAAUCCGCAGAGCCCACUGACGAGGAUGGUUAA